GACUGCUAACAGCUAGCCGCUAACAGCCAACAGCGAAACAUCUGGAGCUAGCCAUGAGCUAACAAGUGUUUUCAUUUUUGCCACCACAAUUCAGCCGUCGUCCUGAGCCGUGUCAAGGUGAACACGGUCACAUUUACUGGAAUUAUCAUUCAGUCUCUUGCUGCAGCUGCAGUUGAGACAGAUUUCCCCUCUUCAUUUCACAUUCUCUCCCUGCACCUUGAACCUUCUCUCUUCCACACUCAGAUAUCUCUGUACACAGGGCCAUGGCAGCUGCUAAGCCAAAGGGGCAGAACUCUUUAGCCCUACACAAAGUGAUUAUGGUGGGCAGUGGAGGAGUGGGGAAAUCGGCCCUCACUCUCCAGUUCAUGUAUGAUGAGUUUGUUGAAGACUAUGAGCCGACCAAAGCGGACAGUUACAGGAAGAAAGUGGUGCUGGAUGGAGAGGAGGUACAGAUUGACAUCCUUGACACAGCUGGACAAGAGGACUAUGCAGCCAUCCGGGAUAACUACUUCCGCAGCGGCGAGGGUUUCCUCUGUGUAUUUUCCAUCACAGAGCUGGAAUCGUUCGCAGCAACAGUAGACUUCAGAGAGCAGAUCCUGCGAGUGAAGGAGGAUGAGAACGUUCCCUUUCUCCUGGUUGGAAACAAGUCAGACUUGGAAGACCGACGGCAGGUUAGCGCAGACGAGGCGAAGGCUCGUGCUGAGCAGUGGGGGGUGUGCUAUGUGGAGACUUCUGCCAAAACCCGUGCCAAUGUAGACAAGGUGUUUUUUGACCUGAUGAGAGAGAUCCGAGCAAGGAAAAUGGAGGACAGCAAAGAAAAGAAUGGGAAGAAGAAAAGUAAAAGUUUGGCCAAGAGAAUUAGAGAGAGAUGCUGUAUUCUAUAGUGGUUAAAGAUAGCAGGAUAGCUGCUUAUGUACAUAUACUUUUCUCAGACUUUUACAUUUAUUUUGUGCCCAUACCUGACCAUGACUUUCUGUUCUUGGCUAAUAGGACAUCUAACCGUGUGUCAGGGAGUAGUAAGGUGGUAUUUAUAGCUCUAACUUUUUUGUGCUGACACUCCAAAUAACUUAUGUAUUCUCUCUCUUACGCAGACUAUUACACAUAACAGUGUAACAGUGUAAUAAAUGGCCAGUGUUUUAAUUUAGGCCUACGCUUGACAAGAAGCUACUCCCUGAAAUGUUACACAACCUUUCAUUGUAAAGUUUGAAGUGUAUAAUAUAUUCAGGCAACUGUGCAGUGCUAGUACUAAAGAUAAGAAAAGAUCAAAUUAAAGUUUCACAGCCAAGGUUAAAAAUGGAGAAUAUAUAACUGGAGCACUCCUUGAAAGUCCCACUUCAGAUAAUUUGUCCACAGUCUUUGGGAGGAAAUGUAAAUUAACAAAAUCUGCAAUGUAGUGUCAACCCAAAUGUCAUCAAGUGCCACCAAGGAGAUGUACAUUGGUGAAUUUUGAAAACAUUUCCGUUGAGAGAUAAUUGCUUUAACUAAGACAGAGCUUGUCCCUCACCUAAAUGUUUUAGUUGUCAAAACGUAUUUUUACGUCAAACUUUCUCAUUCCUCCUCCUCUACCAUAUCAACCAGUAUAAAGUAAGCGCACUAACUUUUUCAUUUUGUUUCCCCGUCCACUCAUUUUAUCAAGUCUUGUCAAAGGCACAAACAACAUUGAUCAUAACCCUUACAUUUUGAAUGGAUUUGACAACACUUGAAUUUUUUUCAUUCCAAACCGUUCAGAAAUUACCUCACUUGUCUAAUGGCUUUAAUUGCCUCUUUUUUUGCAAUGAUGGAAUCCCUGGUGCUCUGAUAAAAGGUGAUUCCAUAACACUACAUCCUUUACAUGCUGUCUUUAACACAUCUUGAUAAUAUAAAUUACUUCCAGACACAUGGAAAUUGCUUCCUCUAGUUUCCUGGCGCUGACUUUUAAUUUCCCUUUUUUAUGUAAAUGUAUUUCUUAAAUUUGGACUAAAAUGGGAAUAAAUUAAUUGCUGGAUUAUUUUUUAUGUAUAUAAUAUCAAAAAUAAAUGCAGGCAUGAUAGAAGAUACGUGGUACCGCUCCCAAAAAAAGUUCCUCUUUCACCAAAGAAAAAUGCUAUCUAGUAAAAACAAAUGCCCACUUUUUAAUUGAAGUAAAUGACAACUUGCUAUGGUGAGCGUCAUAAGUACUGCAGUGUUUCUGCAAAAACUUCACUGUCUCUAUCUGUAACUCUGAUGGAGUAAAAGGUUGAAGGUGUGUCAGAGGAAGGGAAAGGAUUACAUUCUAAAUGGCCAGGAGGAAAAAUGCAAGGUCAUGAGGGAUUUAGUAAUUCAUGUACAGAGCAUCACUGUUGCCUACCUGUCCAUUGUGAAUGUGAAUAAUCCCCACAUGCUCAUCCGGUUUGCCUGUAAUGUUAGGCUGGCAAUCAUGUGCAAUCAGUGAGUUCAGAGUUAAAUUGAUGUUCUACACAGCCCCCCUGUGUUAAAAUGCUGUCGUGAAAUCUUCAUAAAAUACCUGAUGUUCCUUUGGUCUUGCUCAUGUAGUUCAAUGAUUUCACAAGUAAGUGAAUAUGAAUGCAGUGUAAGAAUUGGCCAGGUGAGAAAGCAGUCCAUGAUUUACAGUUAAAUUACAGAGACGAAAACACACCAAGAAAUCUUCCCCCUUAAUUAUCUUAAUUUCCCUUUAUGACUUAGUUGUCCUUUCUUUUUUUACACCACAAAACUUCAGACUUAUUCAAAAUAAUAGUCAACAACAAGAGCUCUAAAUUUACAUUAAAUGAGUUUGGCAACAAGAAGGAUGCCCAACUAUGCACAAAAUAUGGAUGUAGUUGCAGGACAUGCACACAGCUAACAAAGUAUCCAAAACACAACAGGGGAAAAACUAGCGAGAGAUAGUUGAGAUUGAUAGGACUAUCGGUGUGUAGCUAAGCUAGCAAGGAAGCUAAUGUUACCUGUCAAAGCAUUUCAAAUUAUACAUCACUUGUGAUCUUAGCUUAUCUUGGCUAUAAAAUCAUUUGCACUUUGUUUAAAAAAAAUAUCACGAUACAGAGCAAUCAACAAGACCGCAAACAACUGAUGCAACAGUUUCUGCUGCAAAACCAACAUUCCUUCUUCUCUUUGGCUGUUGCUCAGCUAUAACUCCUUUUCUUAACAAUGUGAUAAUGUUAUACAAUAUAUGCCGCAAUUGCACCAAUGCUGGAAAACUCUCUUUCCAUUCACUCACCUGCUGGUCCCUUGUCUCCGGACCAAAUCCAUCCCAUUCAAAAGUCCACACUGUGGCAGCAACAGAAUCAUAGACUGCUCCUGCUUCUUAACAAUUUAAAAUGCGAAUGGAUUUUUAUUCACCACAUACAAAAACCAGACAGCUAGAGGACUGCAGAAAUAUUAACUGAAUUUGACAAAAGCGUAUUGAAUUGAAUCGCUGGCUAUAUAUCUUCUAAUAGAUGAAUGCUAAAGGAUUUGUGACUUUGAUUAGAGGCUUUAUUUCUAUAGUAUUUUUCAUUGUGUUAAUUGUACAAAAAGAGAGUGAUGUAUAAGAAUGUCUGUAGGAUUUCGUUUUUUCUGAAAAGCGCACAGUUGAGAGUGAGACUGGAUCUUUGCCAGAUUGUGAGAAAAACUCAAGCCCAAAAUAUUAAGAAGCCAUGGCAUCAGAAUGUUUGGAUAAUAUUUUGGUUUUACAUAUUCUAAGGGCUAACCUGUAGUACAUCAUACCAUGAUUGAAACACUCCUGACAGUUAAAGUGACAUGCACAAAUAAACAAAUACAUCUACGCCAAGGCCCAACAGUCUCCGCUAGAGACAGAUUUUUACUUGGAUCCGCACCAAAUUGUGCACACUCAUAGAUAUCAAUAUCAUAUAUAUCUAUGCCAGAUUUUAUUUCCUCAAGAUCCAUGCAUUAUUCCCUGUGAAAUUGGUGAAAAGGUAAAAACAAAAUGUGAAAAAGAAAAAGGGGAGAAAGUUUCCUGAAUCCGGACCUUUGUCUAGAUCCGUGCCAAAAUUAAUUGGGUUCUUGGCUGCGGUCCCAUCCUUCCAUCAAGUUACUCGGAAAUCUGUGCAGUAGUUUUUGUGUAAUCCUGUUUACAAACCAACCAACAAAUAAUCAAACAAAAAGUGAUAACAUACUUUGCAGUGGCCUAAAAACUGACACAAUGUAAUUAUCACAUAAUGACGUACCUUCCUAAGCUUAUUUCCAUCAUAUUUAAGUGCUCUGUGUCUACAUUGUUAAGGAGCACAGAAGUUACUAUAUUUGAAGUGAUCACCAUAGUGCUUGCUCACUCAAAUGUUGGUUUAACAGCAUUUCAUUCUUAUUUCAAGGCUUUUUCAAAAGCAAACAUAAUGCAUUGUUCUUUUUCCUUUGUCUUCAUGACAAAAUAGUGAACAUGAUGGCCAAAAUAUUUUCAAAAAGAUACUAAAGCAGACCAGAUGGUUGUGUGAAAGCUAUGAGCAAAUUGUCCCACUGAGUAUUCAAAUAAAUUGUUUUGCCUUUAAUUUAAAUACCCUUGGAAUUCAAAAGAAAUAACGCAUAUCUAUGUCUCUGAUUGGAUGGUUGUAUGUAUGCCAUUGGUAAAAUGUUUUGACUCAUGUUUACUUAUUUUGAACGUAACCACUAAUGUUGCCUAUCUUUUUGUGAAUGCAAGAGGUGAAGCUUAGAGUUCAAUUCCCUUUUGGUAGUUAUUUGGAAAUGGCAAAUAAAGUGGACAUUGCUAAUAAUA